AUUGAGGAUGUUUCGUUCGGCAACCCGCACGGCAAGCUGGCCAAGCCCGGACAGAAGGUGCUGGUUCGCUACACUGGGCGGCUCAAGUCGAAUGGCAAGGUGUUCGACAAGAGCGGCCAGAAGCCGUUCCAGUUCCGUCUAGGCGUGGGAGAAGUGAUCAAGGGCUGGGACCUGGGUGUGGAGGGCAUGCGAGUGGGCGACAAGCGCCGGCUGGUCAUCCCGCCGCAGCUGGCGUAUGGCGCUGCUGGCGUCAAGGGCACGAUUCCCUCCAACUCCACGCUCGAGUUUGACGUGGAGCUUGUGGACGUCAAGUAA